CGUGGUGCAAUUGACAGGCGCCUUUACGGGGUAGUAGUCAACUGGUCCCCGCGCAACACCGCAACCGAACACGAGUCAUGUCGGUGGCGAAGGUGCACACCUCGUCCGUGGCGGUGGUUCCGCCAGCAACAGUUUGGCGCAGCAUCCAGUCACUGCGCUGUUUUGCCGAUAAGUCUUUUGUGCGAUGGCCGCCGCACAUCAACCUGCUGUACCCAUUCCAUCCGGAUGGGCCCCAAGUCCCGGAGCUGUCGGGGGCCGCUAAGGGAGAGGAGUCGGACAGCGGUCAUCACAGUGGCGGCAGGCAACGAAGCGGGGCCAACAGGUCCAGCGGCGGCCUAGGGCGCAGCGGUGCACGACGCAGCGGUCCGGGGCGAGCCGUCAGCGCCGCCACCGCUGCAGAUGCAUCGCUGGCAGCAGUAGUAACAACAUGGGACGCUCCUAGGGGCCAUGUGGCGGGGGAGCUACAGCUGACGCACGCGUCAGCCGGCAGCAGCGGCGGUCUGGUGGAAGACCCGUUUGGCCAGCUGGCAGCGCGUGCGGGUAGGGCGCUGGCGCGGGUGGAGCCGUUCACGCUGCGGCUGGAGGAGCUGCGUGUGUUCCGACAUUCCGCACGGAGCAUCACCGUGUGGGCCGACCCCAUUGCCGUGCCGCAUCCGAACACGGCAGCUGCAAUGGCGGCCGCUGCGGACGGCGGAGCUCAGGCCGAGCCGGCGGCCCCAGUGGGGCUGGUGGCUGUGCAGGCGCUUCUCGAGGCGGAAUUCCCGGCCUGCACAGACCUCGGCGCAGACGAGGGGCGUGGCAUCCGCGGCUUCGUGCCGCACCUGUCGCUGGGCCAGCUGCGGGAUGAGCGCGAGCUGGAGGCGCUGCAAGCCGCCUGGAAGCCUCUGGAGUGGGUGGUGGACAGUGUGCAGCUUAUCAGUCGCCGGGGCUACCUGUCACCGUUCACUGUGCGCUACCACGUGCCCUUCGGCCUGAACGCGGAGGGCCUGGGACCGGGCACGGCUGCUGCAUCCCGCAGCGCUGGCCGCAGCCUGGUACGGGCGGUGUGCCAGCUGGAUGUGCCGUACGUGGCCACUGCAGCCAACCUGCAGCCGCGGGCGGGGCAGCUGCAGGAGAAGAAGGAGGAACGUCAGGAGGUGGUGGAGCCAGCAAAUGGAGAUGAUACGCAGUCAUUAGUUCAGCGCUUCGCGAUGCCUUGCCUGGUGCUGCCCACCCGGCCGCCCCAGCCCGCAUGCAGCACGCUCCAGCAGACCUCAACAGGUUCAGGGGCGCCACCACCGUGCACCGCAGCUGCCGGUGCGGCUAUGGAGCGUACCAAUGGGGUAGCACGGGUACAGGCUGCGACCGCGGUAGGGUACGUGCCGGUAGAGGCAGGGACAGCAGGUUCAGACCAUCUCGCCGACAUGCUGCGUGCGUCAGCUGCGGCAGGCGCAGGAGUGGCCGCAGAAUCAAACCCAGGAGAUGGGCUGGGAGCACGAGCGGAGGGGCCCAGCGUGUGGUGGUUCGCCUAUGGCGCUGCCCUGCAGGCCAGCCCGGGGGAGCUGGGUGCGCUUGAGUCGCACCCCGCGGUCCUCGCAGGCCGCAGCUACCGCCUGGUUUUUAACCGGCCAGGCGGGCGCGCCAACCUGGCCCCGACACGUGACUUGGGGUCUGACCCGGGGCUGCAGGCAGUGCACGGCGUGCUGCACCGACUGCCUCUGGAGGGGAUGACUCGCCUUCUGCUGGUGGUGCAUGAGGCGUGCCCCACUGAGGUCACGUGUGUGCCGUACGGCUGCGAGCCAGCAACAGCGAAUAGAAGCACCGCUGCGGCUCCUGCUGAGCUGGGCCCAGGACCGACCCCAGUGACCGCCCUGGCGUUUGUGGCUCCACCGGAACGCUGCCUACCACAAGAGGCGCAGCCGCACCCCGGAUACCUUCAGGCGCUGCUGGACAGCUGCCGUUCAUACAGCCUGGACAGCAGUUUCUGCGAGUGGUUGCAAGCGGCAUUGCAGGCGGCCCCUGGCGCAGCACAGCCAGCCUCGCGGGCGCCGCCGGUUGUGGCCGGGCUGCCUGGCGUGGAAGGGCUGGAUGUCAGUGCUGGCGGGGGCAGCAGUGGGGAAGGAGCGGGGGCGCAGCAGCAGCAGCAGUGGCAGACGCAGCGGCUUGGCCGUGAGUCGCAGCGGUCUCAGAACAAGCGGACAGGUGCCAAGAAGGCGGCGGCUGGCCUGCCGCGGGGGGCCACGGACUGGUAGCGCGUGCAAGGUGCAUAGAAGAGAAGAGAACGGAGGGGUGGCCGAUGAGAAAUGGUAUUAAUGCACGGAAUCGCAACUGGUUGCAUGAAUCUACGCGUUACCAGGGCGUUGGGGACGAGAUGCUCGUCUACUGUAGACUCGCCGAGUGGGGACGCUGAUCCACACAAGGCCGA